UGAAACGAUGACUCCUGAUUGGCUGAGGAAGUAGAUCAGCUCAUAAUGAAGGAAAUAGUCCCCUGACACGCAGCACCAGAAACAAAUGAGCUUCAAGCAGCUAAGAGAAUGUUCCAGAUCCAUGCCAUAACAUGUUUUUUGGGGGCACUGAUCAAAGUGAAACGCAAUAAAUGACCUUAAAAUGACACCAGAGUGGUCACAUUGUAGGUGUAAAAGUGGGAAACUCAUCCUAGUAAGUCUCAUUUGGCCAACGUCCUCGCUAAAUAGAACUGGUGAGGGAGAGGAAGAGUGCAGAGGUAGAAACUAGGGCAGUGUUAUCAGGUCCCCCUUCUUCUUUUUUUUUUUUGUAAGGACCACCAGGCACAAGGCAGAGGAGGAAAAGGAGCAGAGCAGAGAAGAAGUGUGGAGAAGAACCUCCAAGAAGAAGCCAAAAAGUGUCUUUAUAGGCUCACACCUAUAGUGCGGCAUGUUUGAGGAGCAGGCCACCAAGGUAAAGAUCACCUCAGUGGUCAUCGUGGUGGGCAUGUCGUCCAUGCUGGCCGCCGUUGUGACCGACCACUGGGCAGUGCUGAGCCCCCGCGUGGACAAGUUCAACGCCACCUGCGAGGCCGCCCACUUUGGCCUCUGGAGGCUGUGCAAAAAAAGCAUCUUCAUCGUGGAGGAGGACCCCCAGGGCAAAGGCUGUGGACCCAUCAGCUUACCUGGAGCAAAAAACUGCUCCUACUUCAAACACUUUACAUCAGGAGAAGAAGCUGAAGUUUUUGAAGUGAAGACCCAGAAGGAGUACAACAUCUCUGCGGCGGCCAUCGCCAUUUUCAGUCUGUUCUUCAUGAUCUUGGGAACCCUCUGUGUCAUCUUCUCCUUCGGGAAGGGGCGGGACUAUCUGCUGCGUCCUGCUGGGAUGUUCUUUGCCUUUGCAGGUCUUUGUAUCAUCAUCUCUGUAGAAGUUAUGCGACAGUCCGUCAAGCGUAUGAUUGACAGCGAUGAGACCAUCUGGAUUGAGUACUACUACUCAUGGUCCUUCACCUGCGCCUGCGCCUCCUUCACUCUCCUCAUCCUCAGCGGAGUGGCACUCCUCCUUAUCUCUAUGCCCCACAUGCCCAGAAACCCCUGGGAGACCUGCAUGGAUGCUGAGCCUGACACCUUAGAUUAGCAUUACACCUGCACAACGAGGCUCACGGCAUGCAAGUUGCAUGAUUCCACAUGUUCUCAUGAAAAGUUAGUAGGAAAUUUUUCAACCAAAAAAAAUUAGGCACAAAAAAGAGCAAUACAGGGAUGCCCAGCACAUUCAAAACAUCUUCAACAUUGCAUAUUGCGAUGAAUAAUUUUGGACCACUCUACCGUAACGUUUGGGAAUAAAUGUUGAUUAUACAAAUUUUACAAAAAUAACAGUUGCAAUAUUACAAGAAAAUCUAUUAAAUUUUUAGGAUAUUCAUAAUAUUAGAAGAAAACAGUUACAUUGUAUAUGAAUCAAAUCAUAAUUUGCGAGAAUAAUUUUUUAAUCUUAUAUUUGUCAUAUGUAGCCUAUUAUGAGUAGCAAAGUCAUAAUAUGAGAAAACAAUUUUUAUUUAAUUUUAUAGAAAAAGAUGUUAUAUUGCAAGAAUGACGUUAGAAUUAUAGUAACUGUUUAUUAUAUUUGAUACAUUUUAUUCAUAAAUGCAUUUAAUUUUCAAUUAAUUUAACUAAAUUAAAAUUACGACAAUAAAGUCAUAUUAUUAUUAUAAAAAAAUCAUAAUUAUAAUAGUAUUACAAGAGUUAAAAUGUAAUUUUAUAGUAAAAGGUUUUUACAAGACAAUUUUUGAAAACGGGAAUGAACCUGUAUUGCUGCGAGAAAAAAGAUACAGUCGGGCUAUAAUGAAAACAUUUUCUGAUUCUGAUUUUAUUAUUAAAAAAAGUCUUAAAAUAAUGACAAUAGAAUACAAUCACAAAGUUAAGACUUCAGAAAAAAACAGUAAUAAAAUUCAGAUAAUUACAAUGUCAUUUUAUGCAACAAAGUUGUUAUUGUAAUUAGUGGUGUAAAAACAAAGCAUUAAUUACAAUUAAUUAAUUAGUCAUAUUUAGUGUGUUUUUUUACCGUGUUAAUCUAAUUUUUCAUCUCUAAAUUUACUGUUUCUGUAUGUGAGUUAUCUUUUAAAAAAGGUUUUUUUAUGCAUUGGGCUUCUUGAGCUUGAGCUGUUGGAAAUGGAAAACAAUGGACAUUGAUUGGCUGUCAUUGUGUUUGGGCUUGUUUAGCAUCAACUGAUUGUAGUUGGGAGGGCAAGGUGAGUAGCGGAGCGGGGGCAUGAAAAUGGAGGCGCAUUUGAGAGUUGUCGGUCCAAUGAAUGAGAAAUUUACAUUUCAAAAACACCCCAGCUGAUCAAGGUACAGUGAUAUGCCUUAUUUGGACGGAGCUCGCUUCCCACCAAAGCAGUUCAAGUUUAGACUACCACAUCAACGCAAAGCACCCAGUCGCAAGUGCAGCCACAGCUGACAUUAGCAAUUUAGGGAACCAUGGCAAAAAUUUCGCCAUACUCAAUUUGAAGAGUACACCCUGCAUACAAACAAGUCUGCGAUGGACAGGCUGACGAAUGCUCUUGCCAAGUGGAUAGCGAUGAACUGCAGGCUGAUAAACAUAGUGGAAGACGAGGUGCUAACAGGUGUUGCAAACUGUAUACAACGACUCGUCAGAACUACAGUGACAGCCAAAAUCAGCAAGAUGUACUCCGGCGAACGGAAAUACAAAAACUUAAGAUUUUGGUGAAGGAUUCGCCCAACUGUGUUGCUGUAACAGAAGAUCAUUGGGUGGACCUCAUCUGGUUCAAUACUUGUAUUCCUCAGAAAAGUGUUCUUACUGUUUCUUGGUGUGUUAACUUCAGCGCUUUAUUGCUUGAUGUUUUAUUUUUAUUUUCUAAUUAUUUGUAGAUUGACAAAAGAACACGGCAAUGUUGCUCCCUGGCGUUCGAAACGAAAGGGACUACAACUAAGUCAUAAUAUUAUGAGAACAAAAUAUAUAAUCUAAUCAAGUGAUGAGGAAAUAAUAUUACAUAGUAUUAUUGUUCCGCCACCAUAUAAAGAGACUCAGCAACAUUGUAGGCUCCACUAAAGCAGCUAACGACACUAAACACUUUAAAAGAGUAAAGCCGUGAAUUGUUGUGAUAGGCCACUGCCACUGCAGCCUUUUCUCUUCUCUAAAGACUUUCUCCAAUCAAUAAAAGGCAUUGAUGGGCGACAGAGAGAGAGAGAGAAAGAGAGAGACGGAGAGAGAGAGAGACUGAUACUGGCUGAUACUUCUUCUUCGCCGUUGAUUUCAGAUCGGUAUCCAACACCCCUGGUGACUUUAAUCCCAAAUCCCCGAUCGAUAAUAUUGGCCUUAUCGUUUGCAGAUCCUCCACCUUAUACUUUACAUGUUUCCUGAAUGCAACACCAUGCAAAAGCUGUUUUUAUGUAAUACACAAUUAAAAUUCACAGAACAGCGCUGAUAUAUGUACAUUAUAAUAUAUAAUAACAGUAUCGUAAACAUUGAAAGAAUGCCCAGCGGGAUACAUUGUGGACCAUGCAUUUCUCGUUUAGGUCUUUUUUAGAGCUGAAGUUGCAAAGGGAAGUACGGCACAGUUUAUGGUUUUAUUAAUGAUUGUCUUCGACUGUAAAAUUGUACAUACAAUUUUUAAUAAUUUUCUGUUCUAUAUACUGUUGCUUAGGCCUACAUUGCCCUUCAUUCCUGUUAUAGCUACACUAUACAAAAAGCAUCACAAUUCAAGUUCUUUCAUAUAGCAAUUAUUAUGACUUUUAUUAUGUGGUUUACAUUUUUCUUUCACAUUGGGGUGUUUACAGUUCCCUUAUACAUUAUUUUGAAAUCAGUGACUUAUUCACUCAUAAGCAGUUAAUGUGUGUUUAGUAAUCAACACAAUAAAUGUAUGCGUUUCAUUUCAUAUCAUUUCCAAACGUCCAUGAAUACUGCAUUGAGCUGGAUAUGAACCCGUAUUGCAAUUCAAAUAGUCACAUUUGAAAAAACUAAUAGAGGUUACGGGAUAACAAUGACACUUUUGGAGGUUUUUAGUGCACAGAACAUCCGCUUGUUUUCGAACAAUAACUUUCAAUUUGCAUAUUUAUUUAAAUGUUGUUGUUUUUUUACUUAAGAUAUUCUUUUAUCUUAUGCAAAAAAAGGCUGCAUUUCUUGAAAACAUUUACCUUGUUGAUUUGUUUUUUUGACGAUAACUUUCAAUUUGCAUAUUUAUUUUAAUGGGUUUUUUUGCACUUAAGAUAUUAUUUUAUCUUAUGCAAAAAAAAUAGCUGCAGUUUUUGAAAACAAUUACCUCGUUGAUUUGUUUUUUUGAUGAUAACU